AUGACCGAUGAGCCUGACGACGAAAACAGACCGCUAAUGGCCACCCACGACCAUAUUCACGGCGCCGAGGAGCGCGGGCGCAGGCGCCCCGACGACGACGGCACAAACAAAAAUACCAUGACAUCUACGACUGCCACGCCCGAGGAUGGCUCGUCCAGUGUGACAUCUGCUCUCUAUCACGACAAUAGCGACGACACGCCGACUCCACGUUUCAUCCAAGAUCAACAGCAACAGCAGCGGGAUGCCGGCGAUGCUUCUUCUCAGCGGAGCCAUCACCACAAGUGGCCGAAAUGGGUGCCGUAUUCCGUCGAGCGCACCGGCCGCGCCAUCGCACGCUGGUCGCGGGGGCCUCCCAACGCUCAGCCCUACCGCAUCAGGCCCAUCUUCCCCGCUGUCCAGGAGUUCCCGCUGCGCGUCCUCGACAGGCUGCUACCGGGCCGCCGGCGCCGCCGCUGGCUGCUGUUCUUCUACCUAGCCAUAUGGGUCGUGGCGUUUGCGCUCAUUAAGCGCCAGGAGACACUCGCGGGCAACAUUGCGGACUGGGGCCGGCCCAAACCCAUUGGCUGCGGCGCGGCCUACUUCUCGCGCAGCAACAUCUGUGGCCUCGACGGCAACGACUGCCGGCCCUUCAACGGCAGUGCCCUACCGUUCCGCUGCCCAGGCAACUGCGCCAGCUACCGCGUGCUGAACCCGCGCGCCGUCGGCGACCAGGAGGUCAUUUACCGGCCGCUGAUUGUGGGUGGGCCCACGACGGAUCUCGAGCCCGAAUUGGCGACAUAUCGCGGCGACUCGUACAUUUGCGGCGCGGCUGUGCAUGCGGGCGUCGUCUCCAACACCAACGGUGGCUGCGGCGUGGUGAAGCUCGUCGGCCGCCAAGAAAACUUUGUCUCGUCGGUCCGCAACGGUAUUACUAGCGUGCCGUUUCACUCGUACUUUCCGCAGGCGUUUCAGUUUAUCAAGGUCGACUGCCACGCCACCGACGCCCGCUUCUCCAUUCUCGCGCUGUCCGUCGUCUUCACCGCCGUGCUCGGCCUCUUCACCUCGUCGCCCGCCGCAUUCUACUUUCCAGCAUUCAUCGGCGCCUUUUGGACCGUGGGCAUGGCCACGGACACGCCAUCCUACACCACCGUGGCGGCACUCUUCUCCAACAUUCUCGGCAAGUUUGUGCCUGCCAUGUUUGCCGGCUGGGUCAUGUACGACAAGAUGGGUGUGCGGCGCACCUUGCAGGGCCUCACCGCGCAGGUCGAGAAGAUUGUCCUUUGGCUCGGCGCGUGCUGGGUCGGCGCGCUCGACAACUACACGCUCGAUUUCAUCCCCAUCCAGCGCCUCAACGGGCACGACCUCGCGCAGCAGCCCGGCGCCCGCGCUGCCCUCGCCAUCAUCGUAAUUGGUCUCUUCUUCAUCAUCGUCUUUCAAGCCUGGUGCUUCCGCCAGGAGGCGCGCUUCAACAAGUACAUCAAGCUCUACGCCCUGUUUCUCGGUGGCAUCGUUCUCUCCCUCAUCCUGCCCGGGCUGAACCUGCGGAUCCAUCAUUACGUGCUUGCGCUGCUGCUGCUGCCCGGCACAAGCAUGCAGACGCGGCCCUCGCUGCUCUACCAGGGCCUCCUCGUCGGGCUCUUCAUCAAUGGUAUCGCCCGCUGGGGCUUUGGCUCCUUCCUCGAGACCGACAGCGCUCUGCAGGGUGACGCUCAGCUCGGCACGCUGCUUCCCGGCAUCCGCGCCCCGGUCAUUGCCUGGUCCAACGACACGGCUGCCCAGUCAUCCAUUACCUUUAAAUGGGACCUCCCACCGCUUGACGAGUACGACGGCAUCAGUAUCCUCGUGAAUGACGUGGAGCGGUACCGCGCCUACUUUGACGACACGCUCUCGCCGGCGCAAGAAUACACGUGGACGCGCAACUCGAGCCUCGGCCUGCCAGAGUACUUCCGCUUCGGCUUCAUGGUCGAAAGUGAUGCUGGUGAUUAUACAAAGGCGGGGGUCUGGAGCAAGGAUGGCGAAUGGACAGAAAUGGCAGCAGGCCCUUCCAAGUAA